UUUCUUAUCCAGUAUUGUUUUGAUUGUAAUACUAUCAAGUGUUGAAAUGGCAAGCCAACAACAACAAGCUCGUCCCAUGUUCCGGUUCGCUUCCAUGCUUCGCCCCGCCGGCGCGCCACCGCCUCCGCCUGCCGCCGCCCCUCAACCCAUGUUUCGGCCUCCCGUGGCUGCCCCAUUUAGGCCUCCGCCACCUCAAACUCGAGAUCCUAGCCCCCCUCAACGGCCACCAACCGCUCCCGCUCCCGCGCCGGCGCCUCCUCCCCCUACAGCCCCAGCGCCGCCGCAACCGGUGGCGCCGCCUCCGGUCCAACCGAGGUUUACGGUCGGAGCACCACCUCCGGCGCCGGAGCCGCGCCCCGCUGCUACUAUCCCCUCGGCGCCCAAAUCUCCGGCGGCGGCGAUUCCGGGCGUGCAGGAUCCCACUCGGCCGUUUCAGCUUUACCAAGCUCCCAAACCGGCUACUUCAUCAUCAUCAUCAAGGUCUCCACCGCCAUCACCGAAAAACCUUGAAACCAAUCAGUAUUCUCCCAAAAUGAAGCCGGUUUCUCCUCUGAAACUCCCCCCAGCGGCUCAGUUUAAGCCGGAAACAGAGGUGGAACCGAGAAUUCCGGCGGAAAUUGAUCAGAAAACGGUGGUGGUUCAACAAAGAUCUGAAAGAAACAAGGCAACUGCCCAGAAAUUCAAUGCCACACAAAGGUAUAGCAGCAGCGAGACUGAGUGGACCGGAAAGAGAGAAGCAAUGGUGCCCAAAGACAAAGACAAUGCUCAUCACAAGAAACGAUCAGACACCGAAGAGCCACUCGGAAUGAGUAUUCUCACACUUGCAGGAGAGAAUAAGGGAGCCAUGAUGGAGCUUAGCCCUGCGGCGCCAGCUAAUAAACAUGGCUUUAACGGCAACCCUCGAAGGCUUCAAAGCGAGGGGGACAACUCUGGGAAGGAAAGCGACGAAGAAGGCAAGUCAUCUAGGAUGGGGCCAAAGGGGACUACGGAAUCUUUGCCCAUGACUGCUUUCAUGAACAGCAAUGUCCAAGGAGUCAACAAUUCAGUCCUCCACAAUGCAUCGUGCAAUCACCAUGACCCUGGUGUUCAUCUCAUCUUUUCCAGAAAGGGUGGCCGCUAUACCAAGGAGGCUCACCGCCUCAAGGACUAAUGCCUCUAUACCCUACUUCUGUUUCCAGUAUUUGAUGUAAUUGAUGAUUGGAGUGAUAUGAUACAUAAAGGGGCAUUGCAUGCAUGGACUCUUAUUCCUCAUGGCUGCAUUCCACUUGUACGUGCUGGAGGGUGAUCAGGAUAUGUCGUCCUUUGUCCAAUUUCAGUUCCCUUACUAAUAUUAUUUAUAUAUGUUACGUUGUAUUAUGUUCUAUGUAAUGAAACCCCAAUAAAUGAGCAUGCAAUAGAUACACUGCUGCGCCACUGUUGAAUUGUAUGCUCAUUUCUGUUCUUCUAAAGAUCUUUCUUUUCUAAUUUUA